UCAAAAAGCUUUAGUCUAAUAUCCCAAACCUCUUUUGGAAAAUGCUCUAGAAAUAAAACAAUGUCAGUAAUUUGAAUCACGUUUAUCUGAGAAAAGAAAAGUUGAAUUGUAAUUGUGAUUCGAAGAGAAAUAAAGGAAUAAGAAUGUACAUUAAUAAACAAGAUAUGACUUGUUGAUUGACAUUCAUACGAGGAUAGUUUCAUUAUAAUAAUCCAAAGUUAAUAGACAUUUGAUAUGAUUAUGCAGGAUUAUGCAAUCAUAUUCAUUAGCCAGUCAGUCAGCUGAAAAGACGAUGACCUCCUGCGCCGGAACGAAUAAAAGCAUACCAAAUAUGCGUUGUAAAUUUUCAAGUCCAAUAAAUAUGUCUGUCCAUUCACACAACCCGUUACAUCACAUAUGAGUCUGAAAAAUCCAACUGACAAAAAGAUUGCGUUCAAGAUUAAAACAACAGCCCCAAAAAAAUACUGUGUACGUCCAAACUGUGGAGUCGUUGAUGCUAAAAGCUCUGUGGAAAUUGCAAUUUGCCUGCAACCAUUUGUAUUUGAUCCGAAUGAGAAAAAUAAGCAUAAGUUUAUGGUACAAUCGAUGGUUGUUCCUGAAGGAGACAUCAAUGUUGAGCAGUUAUGGAAGGACGUGAGUCCAGAGCAAUUAAUGGACGCAAAGUUACGUUGCACAUUUGAGACACCAAAUGAAAAGGUUAAUGAGAAGAGCAAUGUUAGUCAAUUAACAACGCAAAUGCUAAAGAGUGAAACGGGAACGACAGAAUCGCAAAUACAAACAGCUGUUGGAUCGUCAGCAAUUGAUCCAGUCAGCAAAUCUAUUGAAGUUGAUUUCGUAAGAGCGACAACUGAGGUUCGAGAUUUACGCGAGGAGAACAGCAAAAUGCAUCAAGAAAAUUUGGAAUUAAAGGAGCAAUUAAUUCGUUUGAAAGCCAUGCUAGAAAAUCAAAAGGACAUAAGCUCAACAUCGCCAUCAGCCAAAAUUAUUUCAAAUCCUUAUUCACCACCACAACUGGGACAACAACAAAUGCCUAUAAUUUGGGUAAUUGCAGCUGUUGCUAUGGCUAUAUUUGGCUUGAUACUCGGCAAGUUUGUCCUCUGA